AUGGUCUCUUCAACGAGUACGCUACCGCUUCAUAUGUACAUUAGACCUUUAAUCAUUGAGGAUUUGGAACAGAUCUUGAAUUUAGAAAGUCAAGGUUUCCCUCCAAAUGAAAGAGCUUCGGAGGAAAUCAUCAGUUUCCGUUUGAUUAAUUGUCCAGAAUUAUGUUCUGGUCUUUUUAUCAGGGACAUUGAGGGCAAAGAAGUUAAAAGGGAGACGCUAAUCGGCCAUAUUAUGGGCACCAAGAUACCCCAGGAAUACAUUACCAUCGAAAGCAUGGGAAAAUUGCAAGUGGAAUCCAGUAAUCAUAUCGGCAUUCACUCCGUGGUAAUCAAACCCGAAUAUCAAAAGAAAAAUCUAGCCACUCUAUUAUUAACCGACUACAUUCAAAAAUUGAGUAACCAAGAAAUCGGCAAUAAAAUUGUAUUGAUUGCUCAUGAGCCAUUGAUUCCAUUUUACGAAAGAGUUGGGUUCAAAAUCAUUGCUGAAAACACCAACGUUGCCAAGGAUAAACAGUUUGGCGAACAGAAAUGGAUUGACAUGGAAAGAGAAUUAAUUAAGGAAGAAUAUGACAAUUAG